AUGACCGCCGACAAUGAUAGCCUUCUGAACGCCGUCUUCAGCGCGGUCACGCUGCCGCCGGUCUCCACCGUAUCUAGGGUCGAGUCUCAUCACGAGUCCCACGAGGUGCACGUCCAGAGUAGCCAGGUCUUCUCCGCCACUGCCACCCACUUUGAGUCGCAUUCCUCCGAGUCGCACGUCAUCUCCGCCCACCAUCAGGAGCAGGCCCACGUCGAGCAGAAGCUCGCCUACAUUCACGCCGACGACGCCGUCGUGUUCAAGCGGGACUCGCUUGCUUCUCAGCAAUCGGUGCCCCGCUCGAUACGUGCUCGAUCAACCGCUUCCUCUGAAGCCACUUCCCAUACCUCGGAUAGCACGAUCACCAAGAUUGACUCCGCUUUGGCUCAG